GGCAAAAACAACCGGGGAGGUUAGUGACAGGACCAGAGUACUGUGGGGAGAGGUUCUGUACUCACACACACACACACACACACACUCUCUCAGGGAAAACGCAGUUCGAACGCGAUGGCUCGGUACACGCGCGCGCGGGGAUCACUGGCCCUGAUCACUCUCACACACCCACCUGUGAACGCGCUCAGUGCUGCGGUUCGGAGGGGCCUGGUGGAGUCGGUGACCCGGGCGCUGGAGGAUGAGCAGGUGAAGGCCGUGGUGUUCUGUGGAGAGAACGGGAUAUUCUGUGGAGGAGCAGACAUUAAGGAGUUUUCAGGUUCCAUGCUUGGCCCUUCUCUGGUUCCAAUGAUCCACAACAUCGAGCGCGGAGACAAGCCAAUGGUGGCGGCCAUAGAGGGCGUGGCUCUUGGGGGUGGACUAGAGCUAGCGCUUGGCUGUCAUUACCGCAUUGCUCACACUAAGGCCCGCUUAGGUCUCCCUGAAGUGACACUCGGUUUACUUCCUGCUGCUGGAGGAACUCAGCGUCUUCCUCGACUCAUUGGCCUUCAUGCAGCCAUGGAGCUCAUCACCACAGGUCGUCAUGUCUCAGCUCGGGAAGCUCUGCGGCUCGGGAUUGUGGAUCAGGUCACUGAGGGGGGCACCGUGGAGGCUGCCAUGGAGCUCGCUCUCAGUGUUAUAGGUCAGCCGUUAAACCUUCGCAGGCUCAGUCUGCGAGACCCUGUAUGGACGCCGGAUGUGGAGGCUGUGUGUGACGCGGCUUUAGCGUUGGUGAAGCGUCGUUCCCGGGGAGCGAUGGCUCCGGUGGCGUGUGUUCAGUCGGUCAGAGCGGCCGCCAUGUUGCCCUACAGUAAAGGAAUAGAGCGAGAAAAGCAGCUGAUGGGCACGAUCUUCGAGUCCGGUCAGGCCCGAGCCAUGCAGUAUGCCUUUUUUGCUCAGAGGAAUGCUGGGAAAUGGAGUCUUCCUAACGGGGCGCAGUGGAACAACACCAAGCCCAGGGACGUCCAGCGUGCCGGAGUCAUAGGUCUGGGCACCAUGGGACGUGGCAUUGCCGUAUCCCUCAUUAAAGCAGGCAUUCCUGUAGUGGCCUUAGAGAUGGAUGCAAAGCAGUUGGAGUUGGGUAAGAAUGCGGUGACAGGCAUACUGCAGCGAGACGCUCAGCGACGGGGCAUCAGUCCUCCGUUAGACCUUCUGACGUUCACUCUCUCCUUCCACCAGCUGAGGGACGUGGACCUGGUCAUCGAGGCCGUGUUUGAAGACAUGAACCUUAAAAAGCGUGUUUUUAGCGAUCUGUCUAAAGUUCUGAGGGUAGACGCGCUAAUCUGCACCAACACAUCGGGGCUGAACAUUGACGAGCUUGCAGCUGUCAUAGAUCGACCGCCCCUGGUGGUUGGGAUGCAUUUUUUUGCUCCGGCGCAUGUCAUGAAGCUUCUCGAAGUAGUUUAUGGGACCAGAUCAUCUCCUGAAGCUGUUGCCACGGUGAUGGCGCUUGGUAAGAGAAUAGGAAAGGUGUGUGUUGCCGUUGGCAACUGCCCCGGGUUUGUGGGGAACCGCAUGCUGAAGCAUUAUCUUGAUCAGUCUGUGUUCCUGCUGGAGGAAGGAGCCACACCUGAGGAGGUGGACCAGGCUCUGGAGGAGUUUGGUUUCGCCAUGGGAAUCUUCAAAGUGGCAGACCUUUCUGGUUUGGAUGUCGGAUGGAGGGUUCGGAAGGCUUCUGGUUUGAUUGGACCUGACGUCGACCCUGUGAAGCCUUCGCGAUGGCGCCUUGGACGGAGAUACUGCCCGCUCCCUGACAUGCUGUGCCAGCAAGGACGCCUUGGACAGAAAACGGGCCGUGGGUGGUACGUCUAUGAAUCUCCUGGGUCCAAAGAGGCGAAGUCUAAUCCGGAGAUCCGAAACUUCCUGGAGGAUUACAGGCAUAAAUAUGGCAUAGAACCUCGACACAUCACUUCACAGGAAGUGAUUGAGCGUUGUGCCUUAGCCUUGGCCAACGAGGGAUUCCGCAUCCUGGAGGAUGGGAUAGUGGCAAGUCCAGAAGACAUCGAUAUGAUCUACUUGUUUGGUUACGGAUGGCCGAGACAUCGAGGGGGUCCGAUGUUCUACGCUUCUCAGGUAGGUUUGUCUGUAGUGCUGAAGAAACUGGAGCACUAUCACCGCCUUCACCCGGAUGUGCCGAGUCUGGAGCCAAGUCGCUUACUGAGGAGACUGGUGGCUGUGGGAAGUCCACCCAUCCAGCAGUGGAGAACCCACCUCAGCAACCUGCGCAGUCACCUGUAAAGAACCACCUCAGAAACCUGCGCAGUCACCUGUGAAGAACCACCUCAGGAUCCUGCGCAGUCACUUGUAAAGAACCACCUCAGGAAAGUCACCUGUGAAGAACAACCUCGGGAACCUGUGCAGUCACCAGUAAACUAGGUGAUAAUGCUCAUGAUGUUUUAAAGAAAAUGUUAAUAAUCAAAAACGAUUACAGAUAUUGAACAUCCCUCAUCAGGAAUCAGGAGAAGGUGCAUACAUUUACAAUCAUUAACUGUUAACUCAUCAAUAGUUAUUAAUGAUGUCAUCAGAAAUGUCAGAUUCUUAUUGUUUCAUAAUUCGGUGACAAAUCAACAACAAUACUAAAAUGUAUUAACCAGUUUAACACUGAGACUUUGGUUUAACAGAAACCAUUCUGUUGUUUUAAAUUCAUUGUGUUUGAUUUGAGUCUCUUCACAGCUUGCUGUUAUUUUCUUUUAGUUCCACUUGUUCUGAUUUGUGAUUUCGGUUUUCUUUUCUGUGUAGGAAUGUCAGAGUGUUUUUUCCCCCACAGAUCUGUGUUUAUGUUUAUGAUGUUUAUGUCCUGCACGGUCCUGUUCUCUCCUUCCUUAGAGGAAGUGAUUCUGUUGGACAUUUAGAACUGUAAAUUCAGUCACUUGUGUAAGACGAGGUCAUUCAGCUUGGCUCUGGUUCUGUUCUGGUGGGUCAGUGAGGAGGAGAACCCUGUGGUGAUCUGUUGUCUCUGCUCAGAGGAAAGCAUUAGGUACUGCGCUGUAAUCAUUAGGUACGAGAUAGUCCAACAGACUUUGCACAAUGUAUCUGUGUUGUGUUAAAAUGCAUUUCUUAAUCUGUUUAAAAUAAAGAGAUUGUAUAUAUUUCAUAAUA